AUGAUAAAUUACAUUUUAAAAUAUGUAGUAACAGUAGUUAUUAUACUUGAACUUUUUCAAAAAAAUGCAGCAAUAAAAAUUAGGACAUUUCAUGAUUACUUAAAUUUUAUCGAACCAUCUAUUUUAAAAAGCAUUUCUAAGUAUCAAAUAAACACAAAUUUUUGUAUUAUAAGAAAAAGGGAGAAAUGUAAUUAUUUAAAUCUAAACGACCCCGUGAAAGGAGAUUGCACUAUUCCCACAGAGGAAGAGAAUGCUAAUAGGGAGCAGAAAUAUUUAGAAGCAAGAAAUGUAAAUGAUGAGAUUCAGAACGUUAUAAACGGUGAGGAAAAGGGUAAGGAACAGAAUGCAGUGGUUGGUGGGGAAGGGAAUGAGCAAAGUAGUAACGAAGAGAACGACGUACACAACGAACGUCCUCAUAAUAUAGGCAAUGACAGCAUCCCUAGGAACAGUAGCAAGGGAGGUGGUGAGAGCGGAACUGGUCCUUCUUGCGAAACAGGGAAUGGGAUAGAAAAAGAGAAAGUGAAAAGGGAAUACUUAGAUGGUGAAAUAUUAACUGAAGAGGAAAUAAAUGAGCACAUGAAAUUUCAACAAUGGAGUGACAGAUUGCUCCUAUCGAAAGAAGAAAGUACUUAUUAUUACGAUAUUGAAAAUAAUUGCGUAAAUACAAAAUAUUUUGAUAAAAUAAAUCAAGUAAAUAGUACGUUUUAUAAAAAAGAGUCUAUCUUAAAAGACUGUUCAGUAAACUUAAUACCUUUUCAAAAUAAAAGAGAAAGUGCAGAAAUGUGCCAAUCUAUGACAAAAGAUUUUACAAAUGGAAAAUUAAGUUAUUCCAUGUUUCAAGGAGGGAUUAAAAGUACCAAGGGCACAGAUAAAACAAACCCUGUCAAUAGUCAACUACUUGAUAGCUGUCAAACUUCUAACAGUUACAGUGCUGAUAAGAAAGAAAUGAAUAUGGAGAAAGAAGUAAUUUUAAAUAAUGAAGAGAUAGAGCAGUUAUCUGAUAUUAAUUUAAAUAAACGAACAAAUAUUUUUUUCCCCACACAAUCCUUAUUUAGUUCUGUGUACAUAGGUAAAGACGCAUUUAAUGACUUUUUAGAAAAAGGGUUAAAUUCAAUUAAAUUAUGUUUAAAUAAAUAUUUACAUUAUUAUUAUGAACAUAAUUUAAAAUCGAAUUUAGAGGAUAAAAUAUUUCUUAUGUUCAUAUUAAGGUAUAUAAAAAAUUAUUUAUUAAACAUUAUAUAUAGAACGUUUCAUACAAAAUUAAUAAAUGAAGUAGAAAUUGAAAAUGAUUCCAUUAUUUAUCCUAAUAAUAAGAAACUGAUAAACAAUGAAGUGUACUUAGAAUUAGAAGCAGAAUAUGAAGAAAUAGUAAACAUAUUAGAGCAUUUUUUUGACAAAAUUAGAGAUAUGUUUAAAAUAAAUGAGAACGAAUUAAGCGACUAUUUAGCAAAAAAAAGCGAAAUAAUAAAUUAUUCCACCCCAUAUGUAUUAAAAAGUAAUGAGGAAACCGAGAAACAUAUUAAAAAUAUGUGGACAUACUUUAAUUUUAAAAUAUUUAACAAUGCACUUCCAAAUUUUAAUUUGAUUAAUUUUUAUUGGAUAAACGGUAAGGUAGAAAAGUUAUUAAAUAUACCAAAUAUGAAAACAUAUAAAAUUGUUAAUAAAGAUUUUAUGAAUCUACCUAGUAUUUUAUUAUGCACUGCUUUGAAGACUUCUCCUCUUUUGUUAAAUUAUACUAUAUUAAAAAUCAUGUAUGAGUAUAACAGGCUGUUACAAGUGAACAUAUUACCAUUCAAAGAAAUAAAAAAUUACAAUAAAUCAAAAAAAUUUGAUGAAACAAAGCAGAAAGUUAUAAAAUAUGUACAUGGAAUUGCAGGCUUGUUAGACAAUAUAGAUUUUUAUUAUUAUACACCGUAUCUGGGAGACUUAAACUUAACUGACAAGGAAUCAGCAAAGUUUUUUUCUUAUAUAAAAGAUGUUAUUGGAAAUAACAGUAAAAUGUUUUACAGCCUGGAAUAUAAUAAAGAAUUUUCUACUUAUAAUAACAAAAAAGAGAAAGAAACUAGCUUUUCUUCUACUCCUUCUAUGUCUACUUAUGGAGAAAGUUAUUUUCAUAACAGGAAUGUAAAUGCGCAAACUAGUUUUAAUAAUGAAGAGGAGAAUGAGCAUGUGCAUGACUCCGGACCUGUAGGGGGGGGAUCCACCUCGGGGGAGGAGUUACAAUGGGAAAAUGAGGUCAAAAAGGGAGGAUGUGUACCAUCGGAAGGAAUAGCGAAAAGGGAAGAGGCUGAAGCUGUAGCUGCCGAUGAGCUUGAGACUUCAGAAGAGGCCGAAGAUGAGGAUGAUAUAGUUUUCCUCCUUUUGAGGUCUAAAGUUACGAGCGAUAUUAAUAAGGCAAUCCAGAUGGCUACGAAUGUGCACAAAAAGAAAAAUGUGAGCAACUUGUGGGGACAUUCAUACGAUGUAGUUGAUUAUAGUGACCCUACUUCUAUUUCUCCAGAAUUAAGACAAAACAACGAAGACAGAAAAGAGUCCCAAGAAAAAAAGAUAAUACAUGGUAAUCUACAAGACAAAAAUAGUAAUAUCAAACUUCAACGUUUUAGAAUACCACUAAACGAAUUUGCUGGAUCGCUGUUUUUAUGUGAUGUUAACAACUCAACGAAACAUUUAACUCAAGGAAUAGAGAAAUUAAAAGAAUUAAAUGAGUUCGAUUUAACAUAUGUACAUAACGCAUUAGUCCACUGCUGUUUACGAUUUCUAAAUGAUAGUGGAAAUGAAAAUGAAGAUGUAGAUGCUAUGUUGAAAAAAUAUGAAAAAAGUGAAAAAGUAGAAACGACUAAUAAUAUAAUGACAUUACAAAUGAUGGUAGUUAUUGGAGAACUGUUUAGAAAUAUAAGAAAAAUGAGAACAAAGGAAAAAUACUUUUUCAAAAGAAUUAUGCAAACAGAUGUUAUAUCAGAUUUAUAUAAAGACAGUAGUGUUUAUGAUGAAAAUAUGAAUAUUAAUAAAAUGGACUAUGUUAUGAAAAAUUUGGUAAUUCAAUAUCCUUUAAAUAAAAACAUGUUAUUAAAUAAAAAAAAUAGGGAAGAAAUUGCUUAUUAUUUUUUAAACUAUUAUACUAAAUAUAUAUUUCGUUUUGACUUGCCAAAUAAUAUAGUUAUUAAAUUUACUGAUGACAUAUCAGGGUUAAGUUUUUAUGACUAUAAUUUUGAUUAUAUAACAAAUGAUGCUGUUAUAUACAUACAUAACGAUAUAAAUAGCUCCUUAAUUUUAUCUAGAAUUAUUCUAGAUGAGUGCCUAAAUAUAUAUGAGAAAUACACAACAUAUAUUCAUAAAUACGGAGGCAAUUCAGAUGGUUCAACUAUUAAGGAAGCAAAAAGUAAGAUAAAGAAUUAUGGGGAGGGGAACCCGUCCCAAAGACAAGAAGAAAAUGCAUAUAAAAAAAAAGAAAACUGUAGUAAAAAAAGAGGUGAUAAGAAUGGAAGCAGUUUAGGUAUUGAUACAAAACCAAAGAUUGAUGAGGAGGAAAUACUUGAGAAUGAGGACGAGCAGGAAUGUACGGAUACGACACAGUAUGAGGAUUAUACUGAAGAAAAUAUCGAUCCUGCAAAUGUUGACCUAAACAAUGUAAAGGAUCUUACUGGAAGCACAAAGAGUAUUUCAGAGAGUAGUUCAGAGAGCAGUGAAGAAAGCGACUCAAGUGAUGAAGCAAUAGAUGACGAAAAUGUGGACAUAUUUAAUUACUUAAAAAUAAACAAAAUUAAGCAGUUUAUUCGAUUUUUAAUUGAGUAUAACGACUGGCCCUUUUUUUUGGAUGAAACAACAAACUUAGAGAGCUAUUUAAAUUCUGAAGAGUUACACAUGUUUAAAAAUGUGAAGCAUAACAAUAGUUUAAGCAAUUUUUUUGUGACGUUAAAAAAUGGACAUAUUAGUAAACAAAGGAUCAUGAAUAUAAUUGAAAAUAUUAUAAAAAGAGAAGACUGCAAAAGUGUGUGGACCGAUAAAAGAAUUCCUAUUAAACACAUUGCAGCAGCAUUGUUUACAAAUAACUACAUAAAUUUGUUUAAAGUAUUUCAAGGAGGUAUAAAGGAGUUAUUAAAAUUAAAACUGAAUGAAUUAGAUUUUAUUAUGAACAAAUGUAAAUAUGCUUGUGAUAUUAUAUAUUAUAAAAGAUUAGAAGAAAUUAAGUCGUCUAAUAAUAAUUUAAUUUUUACUAUGUAUAAUGAAAAUUUAAGUUCAAUAGAAUAUUAUUUUGAUAAAUUAAAAGAAAAAAUUAUAUUAAUGAGUUUAAUUAAAAAUAAAGAUAUUUUUGGUAUUCUCAUUAAUUUGAUAUCUGAUAUUUUUCCAAAUAAAACAAAAAUUCCAAGCGAAAUAGAAAAGGAAUUAAGUGUAAAAUCGAAAGAUCAAAUUAAUAAAUUAAUUUUUUUAUAUGAUAAGGAAAAAAAAAAAUGUGGUUAUACAACUUCAUUAAAUAGAACAAAUGUAACAUAUAAUCUUUUUCACUUUUUUAAUAAAGAAAUAUUUAAUAACAAACUAAAUAACGUACAAAUAGAAUUUAUAAAAGAUGAUAAAAUAUUAUCCACUCAUGCCAAUUUUGUGAACACGUUUGAAAACUCCAGAAUAUUAAUUAAUGAUAAUAUAUUUUCAAUUAAUAUAUUGUCCAAUGUUCUACUAAAAGAAAUGGCCGAAAUAUAUUACUUUUACAAUGAUAAUAAAAUAGAAAGAGAAAAUAAGUUAUACCUCAAACAUAAUUUCAAGAGUUCCUAUUUACCAGUUGUAUUUAAAUAUUCGAAGAGUUUCCAGGGCGUUAAAAUUAUGCAGCCUUUUGAUUUUAACGAGAGGGAGAUAUAUGGCAAAGCCAGAGAAAGUAGCAUUAACAGGGAUAACCCAUCGAACCUAAAUACAGUCAGCAAUACGAGCAUUGCUAGUAGUAGCGGUGGUACUAAGAGUGAUGGUUUUAGCAGCGGUAGUUAUGCCAGCAGUGAAGGCCCCACUUCGGACAUGAAUAAAAUGUCGCAGAGAGAAUAUUUCGCAGCUGAGAAGGAUAAAUUUGAUAUUGAAAACUUGAUUAGCAAAAUUGCAUCCUAUGAUCAUGAUGAAAUAUUUAAGGAAAUUAUAGAAUUUCGAAAAGCAAAAUACAAUGACAACAUGGAAGUACAGAAGUGUCUGGAGGAGUACCUGUAUACAUAUGAAAAGAUAAAUACAGCAAAGUACUUUUCCCCCGAUGGGAGCAAUCAGAGUGAUGAACAUAAAGAAAAAGGAGAGGACAAAGGCGAAGAAAUAGAUAUGGCUGAAGAAAAAGACAUAGGUAAUAGAAAAGACACAUAUAAUGGAAAAGACAUGAUUAAAGGAAACACCAUGGGCGAAGAUAAAUGUAGUGAGAACGAACAAGAUAGGAAAGAAAAACAAAGUUUAGAUAAUGAACUAUUAUUUGAACCUAAUGAUAUAAAAAACAUUUACCUUAAUUACAUGUAUAAAUAUAUAGAAUAUGUUAUUAAAAAAAAAGAGUUUCCAAUUACUUUUAACGAUGUAAAUGAGGAUUGGAUCAACUGUUUAACUGAAUUAGAAAAUCAGAAAAUUUUGAUGUACUCAACUAAAAAUAAUAGUGGUCAUUUAUAUGAAUUAUUAAUUAAUAGUAAUGCUUGUUCAUCUAAAAGAGCAUUAAGUAUUCUUGAGCAGAGUUUACAAAAAAAUAAAAAUAACGAAUUAACAGAAUCAACUAUUUCUUGUAGUGAAGAUAAUGAUGCUCUUAAAAAUUUCGAUGAAUUUGUUUUAUGGAUGAAUAAAAAUAAAAGAAAAAAUAUUGAAAAAUUAGAUGAGCAAGCACUGUUAAAUGAUACUACAACAUCUGAAGACAUAAAAAAAGACAUAAAAGAAGUUAUAGAUAACUAUAAUACUACUCAUGAUCCACAAGGAGAUAAAAAACUUGAUCCUAAUAAUAUUACUAUUGAUAACAUAAAAGAUUUAAUUAAGAAACACAACGUUUCCAAAGAAGAUAUACAAGCAGCUAUGAGUCAGUUGAACAUGUCCGAUGACUUUGAUGUCGAUUCGUUGUUUAAAUAA